CUUUCCUGUGGGUUUACUGUCGAUUUUGAAGGAGCGAAGCACCUCCGCGACUACGCACGUUUGUUUGCGGGCGCAACGAAUUCGUCAUACGGAUUGGCGCUCACGCCUAGCUCGGUGUUCCUCUAGAAAAACGCCUCGCGUUCUGCUUCCACCAAAGCAAAUAUAUAUCAUGACCAGAGGGAAAAUUGUGUAUUCCCAGCGGACCUGUACGGUCAAAAGGAGAAGUCAGAAAGAGGGUUUGUUGCACAACUGCAAAACUUCGUUUGUUGAGUUGCGGACACCGUCAAACCGCUGCGACGGAACAUAUUACAUAUCUGUUAUCCACUCACACUCUGCAGCUGGUGGUAAACAAGCUACAAAAUGGUAUUUUGUUCCCGAGACUAUUUCUAAUUGGAGUGGGACCUGGUAGCAUGACCGCGAGUGAUCUACUUGGGAACUAGCAGCUACUGGAAGAUGAAGAUGAAUCAGUCGCUCGAGGUAGCACAACGCAGAAGAAGGGGCCACUCCUGAGGCGUUGGUGGCGGCCACGUACGGGACGGUCACGGGCAGCACACCCGCCGGCGGCUCGAAUUAUCAUGGGUACUGAUAAGCCUUUGUCCGACCACAGUUGAAAACUAUGGGUAACCACAUCAGUACCCUCUGUCCGACGGACCACUUGUAUCAAGACCGGAACUUUUCCACCAAGUUCGAGGUCGAUGAGUCGGCGGCGAUCGGGGCCGGGAAGUUUUCCGAGGUGUACCUGUGCUGGCGAAAGGAAAAGCCGGAGAGCCGGUACGCGGUGAAAGUGCUAAAUAUCCGCAACGAGGACCACCAGAGCGUGGAGCGAAUCUAUGAGGAGGUGCGCAUCAUGCAAGUGCUCGGCCGGCACCCGGGCCUGGUGCAACUGAUUGAUUUCGACGACACCUCGCCGGCAAGCCUACGCGUGGUGUUGGAACUCUGCGAGGGCGGGGAGCUCUACGACCGCAUUCAGCAGCGCACCUUCUACCCCGAGAAGGACGCAAUUCAGUUGGUCACAAACCUGUUGGAGGCGGUCGCCUACAUCCACGCGAAAGGCAUUAUGCACCGAGACUUGAAGCCAGAAAACAUUCUGCUGCUCUCCAAGGCGUCGCACACAGACAUCAAGAUCAGCGACUUCGGCCUCGCGAAAGCCAGUAUUUUUUCCAUUGCCAAUUUCAUCUUUGCUACAUUUUGAUUCGAGAAGGUUGACUGGGGGGGAGGUAAAGAAAAAUCCAGUAGCGUCGUGAUUGGGGCAAAACCACUUGUAAAACAAGUGGCGUAGUAGCACCGUGAUUCAGCUAUUUCAUGCGCGCCAUUUCAGAUGGUUGCGGGAACGCAACCCCGACGGUAUGCUGGGUUCCCGGGCUGUCGUUUUUGUGCAACGCCAAAAUCUUGCCAGAAACCACAAUCACAACCCUUCCCCCGAUGGUACAGGCUCGCUUAAGAGGUCGAAGCCGGAUAAUUGACCGAGUCGGCCACACCGGACGAAUCACCGAAGUCCGCGGAUUUGGGUGCUCUCGGCGUUCUCGUGUUCUCGCGUGCCCGCUUUUGGCGGCUAAUCCGCACGCUACGGCCUCCGAGAACAGAGCUAGAGCAGUGCUCUCGCUCUGUUCUCGCGUGCCCGCUUUUGGCCGCUAAUCCGCACGCUACUCGCCCGUAUUGGGACGUCGGGCUGGAGCGAGUCACACCGGGCGACGUCCUGCCGGAGUUGACGCCGAGCACGGCGCCGGCGAUGCCGGCACGAACCGGGUGCGGGUUGUGGCUGGACCCGGCCAAGAAGUGCCUCGCGUGUGGCACCCGGCUGCCGACUGAUGGAACCACCCCGAUCACGGCGCUCGUCUAUGACGGGGCGAACUGGCGCGCAAUCAAUACGCGGCGCAGGCUCCCAAGCCCGGCAGAGACGACGCGGCCGAGAACAACAAACCCAGCGGCCCGGUUAUUGUUUGCCUUGCUUGCCUUGCUUGCCUUGCUUGCCUUGCUUGCCUUGCUUGCCUUGCUUGCCUUGCUUGCCUUGCUUGCCUUGCUUGCCUUGCUUGCCUUGCUUGCCUUGCUUGCCUUGCUUGCCUUGCUUGCCUUGCUUGCCUUGCUUGCCUUGCUUGCCUUGCUUGCCUUGCUUGCCUUGCUUGCCUUGCUUGCCUUGCUUGCCUUGCUUGCCUUGCUUGCCUUGCUUGCCUUGCUUGCCUUGCUUGCCUUGCUUGCCUUGCUUGCCUUGCUUGCCUUGCUUGCAAUGCCUUUCUUGCUUGCCCUUCUUGCUUGCCCUUCUUGCUUGCCCUUCUUGCUUGCCCUUCUUGCUUGCCCUUCUUGCUUGCCUUUCUUGCUUGCCUUGCCUUGCCUUGCGAAAUAUUCGCGGCCCGCCAUCUUCGUUGCUUCGGUUUUGCCGUCUCCCGGGCUUGUCUGUCAUUUUGACCCGUUCGACACGCCCCCACGGCCGAAAGCAGUGCAGCAAUCGGAAAUGCAGGGGCACGCGUCGGCCAGGGUUUUAUACGCAAAACGGCGAACGCUACAGCACGACGACGCCGGAGCGUUUCCAUUACGGGCCGGACGCGAAGGCGUUCGCUCGGUGACAAAAGCGCAUCAUCCUCGUGGCGGAGUGCUGCGGGUUCGCGCUGGGAUACGCAAAGCAGUUGUGCCGCCGCAUCCUCCGGACUAAGUGCAACAGCCAGGCGGAGGCGCGCGCCAUCGAAUUGGCCUCGUGCCCACAUCUCGACCCGCUGACGCUCCGCAGUUACCUGAGCAGUCUUUUCUUCCUCUCCUGCUCGUGGAAAGAUAAAGACCAAAGCCCAAGACCCGAUACCAAGCGACCGCCCGCGGCGCGGGUCAGUGAGCGCGGACUUUCGCCGAGUCUUCUGCGCCGCGAAUGACGCCCCCGGUUUCAGGCAAGACAAGCCGCGGCGCUUGAGUUGCCUGCCAGAGGCAGCGCCAACCACGGGCGGACUGCCUCCAUUCCGAAAACAGGAAGCGCGACGCUUCCGCUCUUGCCAGGUAAGGCCCAGAUCGCGCCGCGCCGCCGUGAUUCACUUUUUACCUCCCAGCACUCAGCGGCCUCUUUGAUUAAGUAUGUUGUUUGUGUCUUUCUAGCGUUGUUUAGUGUUACUACAACUGCAAGCAAAAGUACGAAUGGAUUUAUGCUGUGCACAACUUCACCCAUUCUGGUCUUACAGGUCGAGACUUCCCUCGGAAACUGCCGCGAUCGAAUUCGAUAUGCGGCAGUGACUUCUAUCUCGCACCAGAGGUUAUUAAGCAGGAGGAAUACGGACGAGAAAUUGACGUUUGGUCCAUCGGCAUCGUGACCUACGUGCUCCUCUCUGGCUCCCUGCCAUUCUUUCACCAAGUUCUGCACAAACUGUAUAAUUCCACACUACGUCGAGAAUAAUGAAUGUCUUCUUCUGUUUAGUGUGUUUCCUUGAGCAAAAAGAAGCAAGAUGCAGAAAAACGUGAAUGCAAAACGCACUCUUGCAGUCCGAUAAACACUCAGACGAAUUCAUAUCGAAUACAUCCAUUACAGGUACAGACAAAUCGUGGAGCGCGACAUUAAUUUCCCAACCGCCGCAUGGUCAAAUGUCUCCACCGGCGCACAGGACUUUAUUCUGCGCUUGUUGCAGAUCCGCCCGGGGGAUCGUUUGACGGCUGAAGGGGCGCUAAAUCAUCCAUGGCUCCGCCGACAAACGCAAUCUUUCUGUGUCGGACAGCAAACGAUGGCACAACAGUAUCGGUUUUGA